AUGAAGCUUAAUAUUUUCUAUUUCACCUUUUUGAUCGGUUUGGCAGUGACACAGGAGGCGGCGGUUCAGACCGCAGUGCAACCAGUUCCAACUUUGACCUGUGCCAAUGUCCUAUGUAUGGGUCCCGGAGGAUGUGCAAUGGUUGAGCCAUUCCCAGGUGGCAAGCCACAACCUCAGUGUUUGGAUGUGUCUUGUAAAAGUACAUGCCAGACCACCAAAUGUGCGGCUAACCAUCAAUGCGUGAUGACUCAAGUUACCUGUGUCAAGGCACCAUGCUGUCCAGUUCCUCAGUGUCGUCCAAUUAAAGUCGAUCCAGUACCAACUUUGACAUGCGCUAAUGUCCUAUGUAUGGGUCCUGGAAGAUGUGCAAUGGUUGAGCCAUUUCCAGGAGGAAAGCCACAACCUCAGUGCUUGGACCCGUCUUGUAAAAGUACUUGCCAGACAACUAAAUGUGCGGCUGACCAUGAGUGUGUUAUGACCCAAGUCACCUGUGUCAAGGCACCAUGCUGCCCUCAGCCGCAGUGUCGUCCGAUUAAAGUUAAUCCAGUCCCAACUUUGACCUGCGCCAAUGUCUUAUGUAUGGGACCCGGAGGAUGUGCCAUGGUUGAGCCGUUUCCAGGAGGAAAGCCACAACCACAGUGUUUGGACCCGUCUUGUAAAAGUACUUGCCAGACAACUAAAUGUGCGGCUGACCAUGAGUGUGUUAUGACCCAAGUCACCUGUGUCAAGGCACCAUGCUGCCCUCAGCCGCAGUGUCGUCCGAUUAAAGUUAAUCCAGUCCCAACUUUGACCUGCGCCAAUGUCUUAUGUAUGGGACCCGGAGGAUGUGCCAUGGUUGAGCCGUUUCCAGGAGGAAAGCCACAACCACAGUGUUUGGACCCGUCUUGUAAAAGUACUUGUCAGACUACCAAAUGUGCGGCCAACCAAGUUUGCGUUAUGACCAAAGCCACCUGUGUCAAGGAACCGUGCUGCCCAGUCCCACAGUGUCGUCCAAUUAAAGUUGAUCCAGUCCCGCCUCUGACUUGCGCCACCAUGUUGUGCAAAGCUCCAGGAAGAUGUGUGAUGGUUGAGUCUCCCGGAAGCAAGCCACAACCUCAGUGCUUGGAUGCGUCCUGUAGAAAUACAUGCUCCAACAAAUUCUGCUGGUUCUGGGAAGAAUGCUUCCUGUCCAAAGUCACCUGUGUCAAGGAACCGUGCUGUCCAAUUCCAACUUGUCGCCUUCGAAAAAUCACAUUCCCACCACUAUUCCCAAUUCGAGAGAAGAGACAAGCCUACCAAAGAUGCACAGGGAAGAAUCAAGUUUGGUCGGAUUGUGGAUCGGCAUGCCCAGCUCGUUGUGAUCAGAAGGAACCGGUCAUGUGCCCAGCUGUCUGUGUUGCUGGAUGCUUCUGCAAGGAUGGAUACAUCCUGAAUGACAAGGGACAAUGUGUCAAACAUUGUGAAUGUUGA